UUUCUCCUCAGCUCUACAGAAAGAGGAAUCUAACUGUAGCUCUUUCACACUUCACCGCAUGAUUCUGGAAGUUUGAUCUCUAAAGCAACAGUUCUAAAAAAAAAAAAAAAAAAAACAACAACAACAACAACUUUGUGAGCUCCACUCACACUGGCCUGAAGGAGAGACACCAGCAUGUGUCUGAUCAAGCUGUUAAGCUGCAGAGAGACCGAGGGUAUGUUACAAAAGAUGGCUUCACAUGGUUCCUGGUUCUUUGAAGAGGCAGUCAACGUGAAUAAAACCAAGCUAUAUAUCUCGGUAUGAAGGCGGUGUUGACUGCAAAAGAGAAGUAACGUGGUGAUCCCGAGGUUAGAAAACGUGGGCAGAAUUCCAGUAUUUUACACUCUGACCCUUUAAGAAACUAAGAGCCGCAUCGUGGUGUUAAAAGAGACUUAAAGUGUUAAGGACAUGUUGUUCCUGCUCAUCCUUUUUUUGGGGGGUCCAGCUGUAUUGACUUCUGGCCGGGUUUGGCCUUUGUACGGCACACCACGGAAAACAGUUACACUGAGCAGUUACGGAGGACAUGUUUUUCAAGAGGAGGGUGUGUGGAACUACUCCACCAUGCUCCUGAGGGAAGACAUGGAUGUGCUCAUCCUGGGGGCUCGAGAGACCAUUUUUGCCCUGGACCUCAAUAACAUCACCAACAAGAAGGCUAUGGUAAAGUGGGAGGUGAUUCCAGACACACAGGAAAUCUGUUCACUAAAAGGAAAAACGAAAGAGACCGAGUGUCAGAACUACAUCCGGAUCCUUCAUAAAAUGUCGGAUGGCAGGAUGUAUGUAUGUGGUACCAAUGCUUUCAAUCCCACAUGUGAUUAUAUGUCUUAUACACACGGCAACCUGAGUCUGGAAAGUAAACACCUUGAGGGGAAAGGAAAGUGUCCAUUUGAUCCUUUCCAGAGAUCCACCUCUGAAUUUGUUGAUGGAGAGUUGUACUCUGCUACAACUCUGAACUUCCUGGGCUCAGAACCAGUUAUGAUGCGAAGUUUAAAUGACAGUAUACGGACUGAAUUCAGCAGAUCCUGGCUCAGUGAGCCCAGUUUUAUUGGCAUGAAGCAUGUGGCUGAGGGACAGAAAAACCCAGAGGGAGAUGAUGACAAGAUUUACCUCUUCUUUAGUGAAGCAGGGCUGGAGUACGAUUCCUACAAAAAAAUGGAUGUGUCAAGGGUGGCCCGAGUCUGUAAGGGCGAUCUGGGGGGACAGCGAACAUUGCAGAAGAAGUGGACAUCAUUUCUAAAAGCUCGCCUGGACUGUCCUGUUUCUCAAACCAAACUGCCUUUUCUCAUACAGGAUGUGUUCCUCUACUGUCCAGGCGACUGGAGCACCUGUGUGUUCUAUGGAGUCUUUACCCCUCAGACGGACAUGUUGCAGUACUCUGCAGUGUGCACCUACAGGAUACAAGACAUCAGGGACGUGUUCUCUAAAAGCAAGUUUAAAGCCAUGGACAGUAGCAGUUCACGAUGGGUGACAUACAACGGAGACGUGCCUGAACCCCGGCCUGGAGCUUGUAUUAACAAUAACGCAAGGCAGAAAAAGUUUUUCAAGUCCUUGGACCUGCCUGAUAAAACCCUCCAGUUUGUCAAAGACAAGCUUCUAAUGGAUCAGGCAGUUGAGCCGUCUUCUAAGGAACCUCUACUGGUGAAGAAAGGAGCUGCGUUUACGUCGAUAGUGGUGGCCAGCACUACUGCUUUGGAUGGGAGCAUCCACCAGGUCAUGUUUAUUGGCACAGCAAGUGGUUCAGUGCUGAAAGCAGUCAACUAUGACGAAGAGACUGUGAUUACUGAGGAGGUGCAGCUCUUUGCCCAUUCUGUACCAGUGAAGAUACUGCGCCUCUCCACAACCAUGGGGCAGCUGUACGCAGGCUCAGAUGUGGCAGCCGUGCAGAUGCCACUUAGUUCAUGUGACCAUUACACUUCCUGUAUGGACUGUGUUCUGGCCAGAGACCCCUUCUGCGGCUGGGACCUCAUCUCUAACAGCUGUGUUGCUAUAAACAGCAUUCAGCCAGAUACACACAGUGAGGUGGUUCAGAGUCUAAGAGAUGGAAAGGCUUCGCGUUGUCCUGCAGUUGAGAGCAGUACAACCAUUAAGUUCUUCUACCCGGGUAACAUGGUCAGCCUACUGUGUGAACCAGGAUCAAACCUGGCUCAAGUGCAAUGGCAUGUAAAUGGUCACCCAGUUGAAAACUCCAAUGUAUACCAGAUUCAGCACAACACCCUGCUCAUCCUCAAGGCCUCAGACAGUGAUACCGGCCACUACAAUUGCACCUCUGUAGAGACCAUCAAGGGAGUAGAUUAUAUGACUCAAUCUGCUACUUAUGAGCUGAGGCUUGGGGACUUCAUGACAGAUCCUUCGGUCCAGCCGCUGGUGCAGGAACACCAGAACACCCUCUUGGCUCUCAAAGUUCUGGUCAUUAUUUUAACACUGAUGUUAUUGGCACUUGUAGCAUGGAAUUUCUACAAGGGGUAUUUUGCCAUCCCAAAAUGCUUCAAUAGUGAUGAAGAAAGUCAACAGAAAACGUCUGGCUGUCAGAAGCCACUGCAAACAGGAGGCAGAAAUAGUGCAGCAUCAAAAGCGUGCAGCAGCAACAGUAAUAAUAAUCACAACAGACUGAGUGGAAACCAGCAUAAUGGAGACCAAGUGUUUUAGUGAAUGUCGUUGUUAAUAUACCUUAUUCUGCAGACCUUAAUGGACAAAU